AUUUUUCGCCGAAGAAUCUCCUUGGCCCCAGCUCACUGAUAUUUCGGGUUUUUUUCGGAGGAUUUUUAUACGCUAACAGAAUUGGGUGCUGUCUGUCAACGAAAAGUAGUCCAGCGGAGAAGAUAAAGCCGCCGGACGAAAUUAUGGCUUUUCAUGAGUAUCCUGUUACUCAGGACUAUCGAAUUAGUCGGAAGGUUCUCGGCGUAGGAAUCAACGGAAAAGUUGUGGAAUGUGAGCACCGCCAGUCGGGCGACAAAUUCGCGCUAAAAGUGCUCCGAGACACACAGAAAGCUCGUCGAGAAGUCGAACUUCACGUGAUGGCUUCAGGACACGGCCACGUGGUUUCAGUGCACGAUGUGUACAAGAAUUCAUAUAACGGAGUCGAUUGUCUGCUCGUUGUGAUGGAAAAUAUGAAGGGUGGAGAGCUGUUCAAUCGGAUUCAGGAGCGAGGUCAGAAGGCGUUUACCGAGAGAGAAGCUGCUGGAAUUGUUAACGAAAUUUGCUCGGCGGUUGCUCAUUUGCAUCGAAUGAGCAUUGCGCAUAGGGAUCUGAAACCGGAGAAUUUACUUUAUGUCACCACAGCUUCCAACGCCGCUCUGAAACUCACAGAUUUCGGAUUCGCCAAAAAAACAGAUGAAUCGGAACCCCAAGGCCUAAAAACGGCGUGCUUCACCCCUUACUAUUGUGCUCCGGAAGUGCUCGGCACCGAAAAAUAUGAUAAAUCUUGUGAUUUAUGGUCGAUCGGAGUUAUUAUGUAUAUUUUACUGUGCGGCUACCCACCAUUUUACUCUCAACACGGACAACCAAUGUCACCUGGAAUGAAGGCGAAAAUCAAGUCAGGACAGUACACAUUUCCGAGUCCCGAAUGGGAUUGUGUUUCUGAAGCAGCCAAAGACCUAAUCCGAAAGCUUCUCCGAACUGAGCCCACUGAACGUAUCACAAUUGAGCAGACAAUGGAGCACAAGUGGAUAUCUCAUUACCGUAGAGUUCCAGAUACUCCAUUAUUCACAAGUUCAAAUCUGAACGAUCAACGGGAACAAUGGACGGAUAUGCAGGAUGAAAUGGAGGCUACAUUGGCCUCAAUGAGAGUUGGUCCUGAAAAUAUUCAGAUUAAAAGCCUUGGAGACUCGAAUAAUAAGCUUUUGGCGAAGAGGAGAAAAGGUGGAGCUAGUCCGAAAGACGAUCCCAUGGACGAUAUCAAGGAGGAGGAAAAGGACGAUGAAGAGGAAAAAAUGAUUUCCUAGAAAUUUAUAAAAUUCUCAAAAAUUCCCAAUACUCCCAAAAACCGAAAAAUGUUUUCCCCCAAAAAUUGUGAUUCUCUCUUUCAUGUUUUUCUAAUCAAUCAAAAGUGCACAAAUAACCAUUAUGUGGACGGUCCUCCCAGUAAACCCCGCCCCUUUCCUCUCUCGAGUACUCACAGGUGUCUGAUGCUCAGUUGCUCCUUCCAUCCAAAAAUGUUUCUUUUUUCUAGUAAUUUGUUACAUAGAUUUGUCUGGUUUCCUUUUUCGAUCGGUCGCAAUAAAUGUAUUUUAUUUUAUUUUUGAAAAUUG